AUGUCAGCAAGGCGUCUACUAAAACUCUACACGUUUGUUGCGUGUCCUUUUUGCGAACGCGUUCAAAUCGCGGCGUCCGAAAAGAAGCUGAGUAUCGAAACCAUCAUUAUCCCAAAGGAUAAUAUCCCAGACUGGUAUGUGGCCCUUAACCCAAAUGAAACCGUCCCGCUUCUGCAGGUCGAUAACAAGGUUGUGCUUGAAUCUGAAGACAUUUUAAAAUAUAUUGACAACAUUACGGAGCCCAAGGGUGCGCUUAUGGGCGGCACACCGUUUCAGCGGCAUCGCAUUGAAUUCUUCUUGAGUCAGAUGGGCUAUUUUAUCUCGGCUGCUCACGAACUCCUUUACGAUUCGUAUAAUGAGGAGAAGCGCAAAUCCCUCAUGGAGAACAUCGUUUACCUGGAUAAUAUCGUCAAGGAAACACAAGAAAAGGGUGGCGACUACUACUGCGACGACAAGUUCACAGCUGCCGACAUUAUGUUGCUGCCAUUUCUGAUACGUUUCAAAAGUAUCCUGUCCUACUACAGUGCCUUUGAUAUCUUUGAGAAGGCGCCACACUUGAAGAAAAUAUGGGCAGCUGGACGGGAGCGCGCGUCUGUAAAGCUGAACACCUUACCGCCAUAUGAGUACAUUGCCCAUUAUCAACACAUGUUGCCUCAAAAUAUCCAGCUUGCCAAGGCUAAUGGUGGCCUGGUGCUGUAUGGCAGCACGCUUUGCCCCUUUGUGGAUCGCGUCCGACUGGCGUGUGUGCUGCGGAAGGUCCCCGUUUUCCAUGUCGAAGUUGAUUUGUCAAACACACCGCCAUGGUACAGUUACAUCAACCCCCGCGGGACCGUGCCGACACUUCUCACCAGGGACGGGCAGUACAUUCACGAGUCGCUGCUCAUUGUCAACUACUUAGACAGAGAGGCACCUGACACCAAUGGAAACCAUCCCCUCCUGCCCAUCGGGGAUGCAGACAAGGAGUACGCCGUCUCCUGCUUCCUCCGGGCGGUCGAUGAACUUAUCCCCUCAAUCUACAUCCUCAGUGCCAACCCCACAAACUUGGAAGUCAGGAAGCAGCUGGUGAGCGCACUCGAAAAGAUUCAAAAUCAAUUCGAUGUGAAGAUGUUUGGUGCUGGACCCUUCCUUGGAGGGAGCACAAUGAAUGUUUGCGACGUUGCACUCCUACCCUUCCUGGUGCGCUUGAAGGCAUUCACACCUGAACUAACAAACGGCUAUGAUGCAUUCAGGGAGUUCCCCUCUUUGGAUGGGUAUUUGAAAGAAUGCAUGAGCACAGAUGCAAAGAAUGUGUUCCUCACAAUGGGAGAAUACUUGGCGCUUGGCAAGAGGUACGCAGAGCACUUGAAAAAGAAAUAA